AUGUUCAGGAAGGACACGCUGCGAAACGCCUAUCGCCCAAAGAGGAAGCUGCAGGAACAAGCUUUCCUUAGCGCUCGGCUGCCCCUGCCUGGGGGAAUGGAAGAACCAAUACAGAACCAACCUUCUGCCGGCGAGAGAGAAGAUGUGGUUCAGACGGAAGCCGCCAGCUCACAAGCCCCGCCCUCGACCUCUGUUCUCUCGGACGCACCAAUGACCGAUGCCCUGGAAGCACCUAACCGUUCAGCUUCACUGCCGAAAGAUGGUGUAACAGACAGUGCGACACCAUCAUCGUUCCAAGAACCACAAUACUCGGCCAACACCGAAUCGAUACUGAAGCGAAUCAACGACAACGCUGCCAAUGCUGCCGCCAGCGGGACACCGGGUUGGGAAGCUGCCAAGGAGCAGAUCAUGAAGGACAUGGCGACCUCUGACAAGUUCCCAACUCCCACGCCGCCGCGGGAGACACCAGCGCCCAAGCGAGGAGGUCGUGGAGGGAAGCGGACAAGCCUUCUUACAGAUGGAGACACAAUCGCGGUCAAGAUGGAGGGUAACGGGGCGACAACUACGCCCACUACCACCGGGCGGGGUAGAGGGAGAGGCGGUGGGAGGCCAAGAGGCCGAGGGCGUGGAGGUGGUCGAGGCGGCAAGCGUAAGCGGGAGGAGGGCGAAGGCGACGAUUCGGAGGACAGCGAGAUAUAUUCGCCGGCGGUUACAAUGACAAAGUCCGGCCGAUCUAUUCAGAAACCAACAUCGUUCGUCCCGCCUCCUCCAUCACCGACGGGUACGAACAAACGCAAGCGUCCGUACCGCCGAAACCCAGAGUCCGCUGUUUGCAAGGUGUGCUUGCGAGGCACGAGUCCUGCUAGCAACAUGAUCGUUUUCUGUGAUGGCUGCAAUACACCUUAUCAUCGCUAUUGUCACCACCCGCCAAUACAUCAGGCGGUUGUGGAUGAAGUGGAUAAGGAAUGGUAUUGCAAGCAGUGUGAGAAGAAGCGUGUGGUGCCUGUGCCGGAGGCUGAGGUCUCGAGCUUCGUCAGCGCUCCGGGGGCGUCCGUCGAGCAGGUCGGUGUUCUUGUUUCGGUGCUCUUUAGUAUUGGUGAGCUGACACACAUGCAGAGACAACGUUACUUCGGAAGCUUACCACCAGGCAUGCUGGUCACAUUACUGACCAAGGCGACAACUCUGCACCCAGAGUUACCAGUCUUUGCGCCCGACUUUCAAGCUCGUGCAACUGCCACGGAGAACACCGCCAUCCCAGCAGCACAGCCAGAAGUUGCCUCAAACGGCCAUGCUCAUCCGCCCUCGAUGACCCAAACCUCAAGCAUGGGCGCUCCCAACCCAGCACCGAACCCAGCACCGCGACAGAGCUUCCAGGCUACGGCAGGUGCUCCAAACUACCAGUCGAACUUUAUGAGUGCGCCGACCAACGACUUCGUCCCCGAAGGACAUCCGCCGAAUUACCCUCGUCCCGGUCACGGUCUGAUGAGAACGCUGCCGCCAGAGCAGGAGGACUUGCAGUGGUUAGUGGAGGACGAUGAUCGGUAUGGGGCUUUCAGUCAUUAUUAUCAGGCUAAUCCGUCGGCGGCCAAUGCGAGCUUGAAUGGUGGGAACGGCAACAUGCCGUGA